CAGAUCAGGCUCGCGCGGGCUGGGCGCCGAAGCUGCCCGGCCCGCGCCUGACGCUUUCGGAGAGGGGCCGCGGGUCCGGCCGAGUCCCUGCGCAGCCAGCGGCCUCGCCGCCUCCCACGCGGACUCCGGCUCGCUCCUUCUCGCGAAGCUGCAGUGGAGCUCCGCGCUCUUCCCAGCCGCUUCCGGAGUCAGGCUCCAGCCGAGGCUGCAAAGACGCUGGGGCCUUGCCGGGAGGCCCGGCAGAGUGUUUACAAUAUGGCAGCGUCCAGACGGGCUCAGGUGCUGCGGCUCUACCGUGCCCUGCUGCGGGAGAGCCAGGGCUUCACUGCCUACGGGUACAGGACAUAUGCUGUCAGAAGAAUAAGAGAUGCUUUCAGAGAAAACAAGAGUGUCAAGGAUUCUGCAGAAGUAGAAACACUAGUGAACAAAGCAAAAACGAAUCUGGAAAUGAUACGGCGGCAGGUGCAUAGGAAGAUAGGAAGCUGCCUUAUACUGAAUCAGUCCAUUGGUCCAUCUAGCCCAGUUGUGUCAACACUGACUAGCAGAGGCUCUCCAGGGUUUCAGCCAGGCGUUUUCCCAGUCCUACCUGGAGAUGCCAAGGACUGAAUGCGGGACUUUUGCCAUGCAAAGUCACCAUAGGUCAACUAUAUUCAACAGAGAAGCUUGUUAUUGAGGGCCCACAAAAUGUCUGAUGCUGGAUGAAGACUUCUCCUCCUGUAGCAGUGGUGGACCAGCCUCAGUAUUCCGCAACGCACACAGAUUUUUACUUGAACAUACUACAUUCUACGUUUGAGCUGUCAUAUUUUGCUUAUAGAAUAUAAUUAAAACUCCACACUGUACACUCAGUCUUAACCUAAGCUGCCUAGAAUUUCAUAGCCCAUGUGCUCUCCAUGUGCCACUAAAAUGAUGAACAUGUUCUGUUGUGUCUUGAAUGUCAGUGUUUGCUAGUGAUCCGUUUCCUUGACAAUAAAAUUCUAUAAACCAAA